CUUGAGCGAGCAGAAUAUGGCCUUAGCAAUGCAGGGUUUUUCGAUCCGGGAGUAUGCUGCAAGGAUGAGGAGUGUAGACGUGGCGAAAUGCUGGCCGUUUGAUGAAGCUAAUGAAGCGGAUGUAAGAGCUGCGCUGCCCCCAAUGACAAUCAAGAAAUUCAGGUGGUGGUUUGAUGAGCUUAAAUUGGCUGAUGGAAACAAUAAGGCUGAAGAGGAUGAUGACCAAGAGGAGGGAUCCGAUCUGGAGGAGACUACUCUUGAAUGCUUGAGGAGGAUGAAAAGGGUUCGAAAGGGGAAGUCAGUGAAGGUAGUAAAAGUGGUGAAGUCGAAGAAGGCGAAGCCAAAGGUCAAGGCUCCCAAGAAGAGGUCCAUUGUUGAGCUUUUUGCAGUGGCGCCGCAGGUUGACAGACUAAAUAGUGAUGACGAUGAAAAUGGAGAGUGCUCUGAUGAUGGAGCAGAUGGUGAUGAAGGUAGUGGUGAGGAAGCUGGGAUUGUUGAUGCGGGUCUGAGGAAGAGGAAGGUUAAGAAGAAGGGAAUUUUGAGCAUGCUGAAGAAGGAAAAGACGGUGAUGAUCAAGAAUUUGAAGAACAAGGACGGGGUCAAUAAGAAAAAGAAGAUGGAAAAAGGGAAGAAUGCCGCCGUGGAAUUAAGGAGCCCCAAGAAGGAAAAAACUUGUAAGCUCAAACUGCAAACUUCAGCCAAUUCUGUCGCAAAUGCAAAUUGUUCUACAUAUAGCAAGGAUCUGUUUGAAGCUAUUGCUACCCAUGUGAAGAAACCAAGGCUGAAGCGUUUAACUAAAGAAAAGAUGAAAUGCAAGACUCCAAGUACUUCCAAAUUGCUUCAAAAUGACCAACAAGCAGUUUCUCCUGUGCGUGGUAUUCUUAAAAAUCAUAGAAGAGUAAUUCCAGCAGAGAACUCCACAGAUUCCAUCUUUUAUGAUGCUGGUAUUUUAACUAAUUCUAGCACUCAAACUGUCAAUAAGCAUGUCAGUUUCUCACGAAGUGAUGAUGUACUUGAAUUAAAGAGGAAGGCAUAUCCUACUGUGGAAUUAGAGACCCAAACUUUCAGUGAUUCAACUUCUGACAUCAGUGCUGCUUCUGUGGAAAAGGGUCAUCCUUCAGAGAGAGGAAAAAGUUUGAGCAUUCAAGAGAUGAAGGAAACUGAGCUUGGAAUUUCCAAUUGCACAGCAGCUGAGGCUGAUGUUCAGCUUAUGACUGAAAAUCUGUUAUCUAGUAGAUACCAUGAGGCUGAUGCACCAAACUUUUUCUCGUGGCAGCAUGGGUUUAGUCAAGGGAAUUGGUUGAAUAGAUCUGUGUCCUUUGGUCAAGGUCCUCUGCACAUUGAAAGUCCUCAAUGGCUUAAAGGAUGCAAUAGUGUAACAGCCCGUGAUGCAUUGUAUACUUCCUCCUCUGGGAUUCCUUCAAUGUCCCAAGAACGUAAUAUUCCUAAAUUUACGGUUCCCAUGUAUGGCUAUUUAUCAGAUGCUUCCAGUAGCAGUCGUAGAUUGCUCGAUCUUUCUGGAGAUGCUGGCCCUGACCUUGAUUCAGGUUGUUCAAUGGAUUGUCUGAAGGCAUAUCCUCAGCCUGUAUCAUCAUACUUUUCUAUACAACAUGAGAAUGCCAAUGCCAGACCCCUUUUCUCCUCACAGAGUAUCAGAGAGAAUCAUAAUGACCAUGCUUUUCCAUAUCAAUGGUUCCCUCAUCUGUCUCCUAAAGAGCUGAUGCAUACUAUUUGUUCCCUUCCGGAUUGGAACUCGAGAGUGGCUAUGUGUGGAGAGACAGGCAUAAGUGAGAAUUUUAUUGGCUUGCCUCUCAAUUCUCAAGGGGAGUUUAUCAGUUUGAACUCCAGUGGUAAAGAUUGUUUAAAUCCUCCUAAGAGCAUGAGUACCCUCAGAGGUCCGUCCUUGAGUUCGCCAAUGCAUGAGAAUAUCCUCUCGAACUCAAUAAUUAAUCACAUAGACAUUAGAAGUUGGAAUGGGAUGGCACCAUUCAAAGACCAGGUUCAAUCUUGCAGGAUCAAGGACUCCGGUAAAGAGGCUGCUAACUGUGAUUUGCCUUCUGGAUUAGAUAUGUUUGAUCAAUAUGGUACUGGAAGAACAAAUACAGUGAUGAAGGGAUCUGAUCCUUACCUUUACUCGCUGGAGUCAGACAUGGACCGGAUGAAAGUGUCUCAAUUUGAACCCAGACACAACUACGAGGUUCAAAAGCACCCACGGGAUGAAAUAAUUCAGCAGCAUGGCAAUUCUGAUCAUAUUUCAGUGCAUGUUACUCAAUCGACGAUGCGUCUGAUGGGUCAAGAGUUUACCAUUGGCGGAAGAGGUUUUGAAGGACUUGAGGAUAGAGAGCUUUGGACGGACAAGCAGAUCAUAACUGAUUGUUCUAAUAAUAAUGGCAUUGAGACUUCAUCCAUAAAGAGUCCACAUAUGCCCGAAUUCAUUGUGCAUCCCAUUUUAGGGAAACUGAAAGGAACAGCGACUUAUGUAUCAAAAGCUGAAAUGAAACAGGCAUCAGAAGGUGCUCCACCGAUGAUGGUUCCAGAAUCUAAGACAUCCUUGCAUUUCUCUGACAGCCACAAUAAUGUAAUGCAGCAACAUUGGGAUGGUUUAAGCAAGGGUAUACUCAAACCUGAGAAGUAUCCUCAAUUUUCACUGGUUUCUUCCCUUUUAUCGGAUAGCCAUAAAUCCACAUUGGAAAAUAAAUUCUCUUGUUCAUAUAUAUCUCCUGUAGAACGCCCAGGGAUUUCUAUACCGGGAUCAACUCUUCUCAACUGUAGUGAGAACAUGAGCAGAAGCAGGGCUCAACUAGAAAACAAGCACACAUCGGUUCCUCCUGCACAGUUAGCCCUCAAGUUCCCUUUUUCACAUUCAGAAUGUGGAAUGCAUACGGAGCCAUCUUGGUCUCAGAACUCUUUUAGGGUCAUGCACCCAGGGUUCUUGGAGACCAGAAAAAAGGCAUCAUUAAUGGGUUAUCGCCAAUCACAUUCUGGUCCAGGCACUGUCUGUCAUCCCUGCUCUAUGUCUGGAAUUAAUUUCCAAACUGGCCCUUCAUCAUUUCCCCAGCCCGAGCCUUUCCUUUUGUUCCCUUCUUCUGGUUCAGAGAAUGCAUUUGCUUCAACUUCUUUGGUUCACUGUCCAAGUGUGCCUACCCAUCCUGGGUUCUCGUCAAAUUCUUCCAUGCAGAAUAGAGUUGGGGAGAAAGUGAAUGUUGGCAGUCAAGUAGAGUCAGGAUUUAGUGUUCGGAUCCCUGCUCAUGGCAAAAGAUCUAAAAAGAGGGUUCCAUCUGUAUCAGGUGAUUGUGUGAGGUCCUCUAAGAUACCUAAAAUAGGAAUUCAAGAAGAUUCUAGCUGUGCUGUAACAGCAGUUCAGAGUGCUAACAAUUUUCAAGGAGAUGCGGAGUGUGAUAGACAAGUAUUAGAACUAGGUUCAGCUGAAGAAAACGCAGUGACUGUAGAAUGUGGUCAUAAUGGGAUUCAUGUGGAUGAGAUUGGAGAUUGUACUGAGACGGGUCCCUUCAAAUUGACAGGUGCUCCUAGAUCAGGUCCCAUGAAAUUGACAGCAGGAGCAAGAUAUAUCCUAAAGCCAUGUCAAAAGAAUGAUCAGGCAAACUCUAAGUCAACCAAUUCAAUCAUUCCUGUUGCUACACCAGCAACUGGCAGGAGGGUUCUUGGGUCUGAGAAAUCCUCAAAGAUCUACAGGUUUUAGAAGUCAGUCAGAUGAUUAAUUUCUUUCAAAUGGCUGUUCGUUAACUGUUUUCAACUCCCUGAAUGUCCUACGAUAAUGGAGCUGCAAUACUUGCUCAUACUGAAGCUUGUCACUGCACGAUUGGGGUAGUAAUUUAGAAGAAAAUUGUGUAACAAUGUGUGGCUUAUUCUGUUUUCUGUACUCGAUGAAAUGUAAACCUUUUCUGUUUCUGUUCAAACGCGUGCAUUACUUUUCUCAGAUUGUGGAUUUUU